CCCAGGUCGCUCUCCCGCACCGCCUGCCGCCACCAUGGGGCAGCCACUCGCCUGCCUGCUGGCCCUGUGCCUGUUCUUGGCCUCGGCCAAGGGCUCGGAGCUGCGGAGAGAGGGCAGAGCCCGGAACCACGGCCACAACGUCUGCAGCACCUGGGGCGACUUCCACUACAAGACCUUCGACGGCGACGUGUUCCGCUUCCCCGGCCUCUGCGACUACAACCUGGCCUCCGACUGCCGCGACGCCUACAAGGAGUUCGCCGUGCACGUGCAGCGCAGCCCCGGCCGCGCCGGCGGCCACCCGCGGCUCGAGUACAUCCUGCUGACCAUCCGGGACGACACCAUCUACCUCACCCGCCAGCUGGUCGUGGUGAACGGGGCCAUGGUCAGCACCCCGCACUACCGCUCGGGGCUGCUCAUCGAGCGGAGCGACGCCUACACCAAGGUCUUCUCCCGCGCCGGCCUCACCCUCAUGUGGAACCGGGAGGAUGCGCUCAUGCUGGAGCUGGACAGCAGGUUCCGGAACCACACGUGCGGCCUCUGCGGCGACUACAACGGCCUACAGACCUACUCGGAGUUCCUGUCCGAUGGCGUGCCCUUCAGUGCCGUGGAGUUUGGAAACAUGCAGAAGAUCAACAAGCCGGGGGCGGAGUGCAACGACCCCGAGGAGGUGUCGGCCCCCAAGUCCUGCUCUGAGCACCGCGCCGAGUGCCAGAGGCUGCUGACGGCCGAGGCCUUCGAGGGCUGCCUGGACCUGGUGCCGCUGGAGCCGUACGUGCAGGCCUGCGCCCAGGACCGCUGCCAGUGCCCAUCCGGCGCCUCUUGCGUGUGCAGCACCCUCGCCGAGUUCUCCCGCCAGUGCUCGCACGCCGGUGGGCGGCCCGGGAACUGGAGGACAGCCUCGCUCUGCCCCAAGACCUGCCCCCGAAACAUGGUUUACCUGGAGAGCGGCUCGCCCUGCAUGGACACCUGCUCCCACCUGGAGGUCAGCCACCUGUGCGAGGAGCACCGCAUGGACGGCUGCUUCUGCCCCGAAGGCACGGUGUACGACGACCUCAGGGACGGUGGCUGCGUCCCCGUGAGCCAGUGCCACUGCAAGCUGCACGGGCAGCUGUACGCUCCCGGCCAGCAGGUCAGCCACGACUGCGAGCACUGCGUCUGCAACGCCGGCCGCUGGGUGUGCAAAGACCUGCCAUGCCCCGGGAGCUGCGCCCUGGAGGGCGGCUCCCACAUCACCACCUUCGACGGGAAGAAGUACACCUUCCACGGUGACUGCUACUACGUGCUGACCAAGGGCGACCACCCCGACUCCUACACCCUCCUGGGUGAGCUGGCCCCCUGCGGCGCCACCGACAAGGAGACCUGCCUGAAGACAGUGGUGCUGCUGGCAGACAAGCAGAAGAACGAGGUGGUCUUCAAGUCCGAUGGCAGCGUGCUGCUCAACGAGCUGCGGGUGAACCUGCCCCACGUGACAGCGAGCUUCUCCGUCUUUCAACCUUCCUCCCACCACCUGGUGGUGAGCACCGCCUUCGGCCUCAGGCUGCAGAUCCAGCUGGUGCCCCUCAUGCAGCUGUUCCUGACGCUGGACCAGGCCGCUCAGGGCCGCGUGCAGGGCCUCUGUGGGAACUUCAACGGCCAGGAGGGUGACGACUUCCAGACGGCGGGCGGGCUGGUGGAGGCCACGGGCGCCGGCUUCGCCAACACCUGGAAGGCCCAGUCGAGCUGCCAAGACAAACAGGACUGGCUGGACGACCCUUGUUCCCUCAACAUCGAGAGCGCCAACUACGCGGAGCACUGGUGCUCGAUGCUCAGGAAGAAGGAGACCCCCUUCGGCCGCUGCCACUCGGCCGUGGACCCCGAAGAGUACUACAAGAGGUGCAAAUACGACACGUGCAACUGCCAGGACAACGAGGACUGCAUGUGCGCCGCGCUGUCCUCCUAUGCCCGCGCCUGCGCCGCCAAGGGCGUCAUGCUGUGGGGCUGGCGGGAGCUCGUCUGCAACAGCGACGUGGGCUCCUGCCCCAAGACGCAGAUCUUCCUGUACAACCUGACCACCUGCCAGCAGACCUGCCGCUCGCUCUCCGAGGCCGACAGCCACUGCAUCAAGGGCUUUGCGCCCGUGGACGGCUGCGGCUGCCCCGACCACACCUUCCUGGACGAGAAGGGCCGCUGCGUGCCGCAGGCCAAGUGCUCCUGCUACCACCGCGGCAGCUACGUGGAGGCGGGCGACGUGGUCCUGAGGCAGGAGGAGCGCUGCGUCUGCCGGAACGGGAGGCUGCACUGCACCCAGGUCAAGCUGCUCGGCCAGAGAUGCGCGGCUCCAAAGAUUCACGUUGACUGUAACAACCUGACGGCGCUGGCCAUCCGGAACCCCCGCCCCGUCAGCUGCCAGACACUGGCUGCCGGCCAGUACCAGACCGAGUGCAUCAGCGGCUGCGUGUGCCCCGAGGGGCUGAUGGACGACGGCCGUGGGGGCUGCGUCAGGGAGGAGGAGUGCCCCUGUGUGCACAACCAGGACCUGUACAACCCGGGCAAGAAGAUCACCGUGGACUGCAACACCUGCACCUGCCAGAGAGGGCGCUGGGCCUGCAGCCAGAAGGUGUGCCACGGCACCUGCACCAUCUACGGGAACGGCCACUACAUCACCUUUGACGGGAGGUUCUACGACUUCGACGGGCACUGCUCCUACGUUGCCGUGCAGGACUACUGCGGCCAGAGCUCCGGGCAGGGCUCCUUCAGCAUCAUCACCGAGAACGUGCCCUGCGGCACCACGGGCGUCACCUGCUCCAAGGCCAUCAAGAUCUUCAUAGGGAGGACGGAGCUGAAGCUGGAGGACAAGCACCGCUCGGUGAUCCACCGGGACGAGGGCCAGCACGUGGCCUACACCACGCGAGAGGUGGGCCAGUACCUGGUGGUGGAGACCAGCACCGGCAUCAUCGUCAUCUGGGACAAGAAGACCACCAUCUUCAUCAAGCUGGCGCCCUCCUACAAGGGCUCUGUGUGCGGCCUGUGCGGGAACUUCGACCAGCGCUCCAGCAACGACUUCACCACGCGGGACCACAUGGUGGUGGACAGCGAGCUGGACUUUGGCAACAGCUGGAAGGAGGCCCCCACCUGCCCCGACGUGACCACCACCCCCGAGCCCUGCAGCCUGAGGCCCCACCGCCACGCCUGGGCCAAGAAGCAGUGUAGCAUCAUCAAGGGCGAGGUCUUCCACGUCUGCCACAGCAAGGUGGACCCCAAGCCCUUCUACGAGGCCUGCGUGCACGACAGCUGCUCCUGCGACACGGGCGGCGACUGCGAGUGCUUCUGCUCGGCCGUGGCCUCCUACGCCCAGGAGUGCACCAAGGAGGGCGCCUGCGUGUUCUGGAGGACGCCCGACCUGUGCCCCAUCUUCUGCGACUACUACAACCCUCCGGACGAGUGUGAGUGGCACUACGAGCCUUGCGGGAACCGCAGCUUCGAGACCUGCAGGACCAUCAACGGCAUCCACUCCAACAUCUCCGUGUCCUACCUGGAGGGCUGCUACCCCCGGUGCCCUGUGGACCGGCCCAUCUACGACGAGGAUCUGAAGAAGUGCGUCACCAGAGACCAGUGUGGCUGCUACGUGGAGGACACCCACUACCCACCCGGAGCAUCCGUGCCCCCCAAGCAGGAUUGCCAGGCCUGCGUGUGUACCAACUCCUCGCAAGUUGACUGCUGGCCAGAGGGAGGGAAGGUUCUCAAUUUCACUCAGGACGGCUCCUUCUGCUACUGGGAGGUCUGCAGCCCCAACGGGACCGUGGAGAAGCACUUCAACAUCUGUGUGUCCACCACGACCCCCGUCUCCUCCCCGACACCCAUCACCACCACCCCCACCCCCCCCACCACCACCACCCCGACCCCGACGCCCAGCACAGUGUCACCGCCCGCCUCCACGACUCCGAAGCUGUGCUGCUUCUGGUCCGACUGGAUCAACGAGAACCGCCCGAGCCAGGCCCCCGGCGGCGGCGACAAGGAGACCUUCGGCAGCAUCUGCCCGGCGCCGGAGGACAUCCAGUGCCGGCCGGCCGCGGCGCCGCACCUCAGCUGGGAGGAGGCGGGCCAGAAGGCGCGGUGCGACCUCUCGGUCGGCUUCCUCUGCAAAAACGAGGACCAGUUUGAAAACGGACCGUUCGAUAUGUGCUAUGACUACGAGAUACGCGUCAACUGCUGUCUGCCAAUGGAUGAGUGUCCUGUGCCCCCACCCUCGACCCCGACACCGACCCCCACCACCACCUCCACCACCUCCACCACCACCCUCAUCCCAACCACACCCACCACCACCACCACUGAGACACCAACCCCAACCCCCACCACCACAGUGACCCCGACCCCCACACCCACCACCUCACCCACCACCUCACCAACCACCCCCACACCAGAGCCGACCACCACCACCACCACCCCCACACCAGAGCCGACCACCACCACCACCACCCCCACACCAGAGUCGACCACCGCCCCCACCACCAUCAUUAUCACCUCCACACCAGAGCCGACCACCACCACUGCCACCAGCACCACCUCACCCACCACCUCACCAACCACCCCCACACCAGAGCCGACCACCACCACCACCACCCCCACACCAGAGUCGACCACCGCCCCCACCACCAUCAUUAUCACCUCCACACCAGAGCCGACCACCACCACUGCCACCAGCACCACCUUACCCACCACCUCACCAACCACCCCCACACCAGAGCCGACCACCACCACUGCCACCAGCACCACCUUACCCACCACCUCACCAACCACCCCCACACCAGAGCCGACCACCACCACCACCCCCACCUCACCCACCACCUCACCAACCACCCCCACACCAGAGCCGACCACCACCACCACCACCCCCACCUCACCCACCACCACCACCACCACCUCCACACCAGAGCCGACCACCACCGUGACAACCACUACUACGACAUCCACCGCUACACCAACACCCACGACGGUGACCACCAGCACGCCCGGACAGGCAUCCACGCCAUGUAUGAAUGAGUGCCGAUGGACGGGCUGGCAAGACAGUGGGAAACCGAGCUUCGGGGGAUCAGGUGGAGACUUCGAGUCCAUUGAGAAGGCCUGUCAGGAAGGCUGGGCAGUCAACAUCUCCUGCAGAGCCGUCAUGUUUCCGGAUCGUCCCAUCGGAGCCCUGGGACAGAAGGUGCUGUGUGACCUCAAAGAGGGGCUGGUGUGCAGAAACCAAGACCAGCUAGGGAUCCCCGGCGGCAUUCCCAUGUGCUACAACUAUGAGAUCAACGUCUACUGCUGUAGGUACUACUGCAAUACCACCACCACAGUCACCCCGACACCCACACCCACCACUACCACCACCCAUAGCACCACCACCACCACCACGCCAGUGCCCGCCACCACCACACCCACCACCGCCUCAACAGAGACACCGACACCAACCCAUACCACCACAGUGCCCCCGAGCACCACCUCAACAGAGAUACCAACCACCACCCCCCAUAGCACCACCACCACCACCACCUCAACAGAGACACCAACCCCAACCCCUACUACCACCACCACUGAGACACCAACCCCAACCCCUACUACCACCACAGUGCCCCCGAGCACCACCUCAACAGAGAUACCAACCACCAGCCCCCAUAGCACCACCACCACCACCACCCCAGUGCCCCCCACCACCACACCCACCAUCAGCUCAACAGAGAUACCAACCACCACCCCCCAUAGCACCACCACCACUGCCACUCCAGUGCCACCCACCACCACACCCACCAUCACCUCAACAGAGAUACCAACCACCACUCCCCAUAGCACCACCACCACCACCACCACCACCACCCCAGUGCCCCCCACCACCACACCCACCAUCACCUCAACAGAGAUACCAACCACCACCACCCAUAGCACCACCACCACUGCCACUCCAGUGCCACCCACCACCACACCCACCAUCACCUCAACAGAGAUACCAACCACCACUCCCCAUAGCACCACCACCACCACCACUACCACCACCCCAGUGCCCCCCACCACCACACCCACCAUCAGCUCAACAGAGAUACCAACCACCACCCCCCAUAGCACCACCACCACCACCACCACCACCACCCCAGUGCCACCCACCACCACACCCACCAUCACCUCAACAGAGAUACCAACCACCACUCCCCAUAGCACCACCACCACCACCACUACCACCACCCCAGUGCCCCCCACCACCACACCCACCAUCAGCUCAACAGAGAUACCAACCACCACCCCCCAUAGCACCACCACCACCACCACCACCACCACCCCAGUGCCCCCCACCACCACACCCACCAUCACCUCAACAGAGAUACCAACCACCACCACCCAUAGCACCACCACCACCACCACCCCAGUGCCCCCCACCACCACACCCACCAUCACCUCAACAGAGAUACCAACCACCACCACCCAUAGCACCACCACCACCACCACCACCACCACCCCAGUGCCCCCCACCACCACACCCACCAUCAGCUCAACAGAGAUACCAACCACCACCCCCCAUAGCACCACCACCACCACCACUACCACCACCCCAGUGCCCCCCACCACCACACCCACCAUCACCUCAACAGAGAUACCAACCACCACCCCCCAUAGCACCACCACCACCACCACUACCACCACCCCAGUGCCCCCCACCACCACACCCACCAUCACCUCAACAGAGAUACCAACCACCACCCCCCAUAGCACCACCACCACCGCCACUCCAGUGCCACCCACCACCACAUCCACCACCGCCUCAACAGAGAUACCAACCACCACUCCCCAUAGCACCACCACCACCACCACCACCACCACCCCAGUGCCCCCCACCACCACACCCACCAUCACCUCAACAGAGAUACCAACCACCACCACCCAUAGCACCACCACCACCGCCACUCCAGUGCCACCCACCACCACACCCACCAUCACCUCAACAGAGAUACCAACCACCACCCCCCAUAGCACCACCACCACCACCACCACCACCACCCCAGUGCCCCCCACCACCACACCCACCAUCACCUCAACAGAGAUACCAACCACCACCACCCAUAGCACCACCACCACUGCCACUCCAGUGCCACCCACCACCACACCCACCAUCACCUCAACAGAGAUACCAACCACCACUCCCCAUAGCACCACCACCACCACCACUACCACCACCCCAGUGCCCCCCACCACCACACCCACCAUCACCUCAACAGAGAUACCAACCACCACCACCCAUAGCACCACCACCACCACCACCACCACCACCCCAGUGCCCCCCACCACCACACCCACCAUCACCUCAACAGAGAUACCAACCACCACCACCCAUAGCACCACCACCACUGCCACUCCAGUGCCACCCACCACCACACCCACCAUCAGCUCAACAGAGAUACCAACCACCACCCCCCAUAGCACCACCACCACCACCACUACCACCACCCCAGUGCCCCCCACCACCACACCCACCAUCACCUCAACAGAGAUACCAACCACCACCACCCAUAGCACCACCACCACCACCACCCCAGUGCCCCCCACCACCACACCCACCAUCACCUCAACAGAGAUACCAACCACCACCACCCAUAGCACCACCACCACCACCACCACCACCCCAGUGCCACCCACCACCACACCCACCAUCAGCUCAACAGAGAUACCAACCACCACCCCCCAUAGCACCACCACCACCACCACCACCACCCCAGUGCCCCCCACCACCACACCCACCAUCACCUCAACAGAGAUACCAACCACCACCACCCAUAGCACCACCACCACCGCCACUCCAGUGCCACCCACCACCACACCCACCAUCACCUCAACAGAGAUACCAACCACCACCCCCCAUAGCACCACCACCACCACCACUACCACCACCCCAGUGCCCCCCACCACCACACCCACCAUCACCUCAACAGAGAUACCAACCACCACCCCCCAUAGCACCACCACCACCACCACCACCACCACCCCAGUGCCCCCCACCACCACACCCACCAUCACCUCAACAGAGAUACCAACCACCACCACCCAUAGCACCACCACCACCGCCACUCCAGUGCCACCCACCACCACACCCACCAUCAGCUCAACAGAGAUACCAACCACCACCCCCCAUAGCACCACCACCACCACCACAACCACCACCCCAGUGCCCCCCACCACCACACCCACCAUCACCUCAACAGAGAUACCAACCACCACCACCCAUAGCACCACCACCACCGCCACUCCAGUGCCACCCACCACCACACCCACCAUCAGCUCAACAGAGAUACCAACCACCACCCCCCACAGCACCACCACCACCACCACCACCACCACCCCAGUGCCCCCCACCACCACACCCACCAUCACCUCAACAGAGAUACCAACCACCACCACCACCACCACCACCGCCACCCCAGUGCCCCCCACCACCACACCCACCAUACCAACCACCACCCCUCAUAUGCCCCCCACCACCACACCCACCACCACGCCUAAACCCCCGCCUGAGUCCACCUCCCCCUCUACCACGGAGUCAACCACACCUCUGACUACCUCUCCAACAACCGUGAAGACAACCAGCAUUCCUUCACCCCCCACGGAGACGAAGCCUGUGGGCAGCACCCCGGGGAGCACCAUUUCAGGCACGCAGACCACCUCGCCUUCCACACGACCCCCGUCCACCCCCAGCCCCACCCCCACGACUCUUGCAACAACGACCAUGGGAACCCCUACUCCGCCCGGACACCCGUCAACCACACCGACCACCACCGCCUCCACCAGUGGGCCCACCUCCUCGUUGACCUCUCCCAACAUCACAGUUUGCUGCGUUUUGAAUGACACCUACUAUGGCCCAGGUGAGAUGGUGUACAACGGCACCCACGGGGAGACCUGCUACUACGUGAACUGCUCCCUGAACUGCUCCUUUGAGAUCUUCAAUUGGCCCUGCCCGUCCACGCCCUCCACGCCCUCCACGCCCUCCACACCGUCCACGCCCUCCACGCCCUCCACACCGACCACACCCACCACGCCCUCCACGCCGUCCACGCUGUCCACACCCUCCACACCGUCCACGCCCUCCACGCCGUCCACGCCGACCACCACCAAACCCCCCGGGUGCCCGGACUUUGAUCCUCCCAGAAAGGAGAACGAGACGUGGUGGCUGUGUAACUGCACCAUGGCCGUCUGCAAGCACGACAACACGGUGGAGCUGGUGGAGGUGGAGUGCAAGCCCCCGCCCAUGCCCACCUGCUCCAACAACCUCACUCCUGUGCGCGUCAUGGACCCCGACGGCUGCUGCUGGCACUGGGAGUGUGACUGCUACUGCACGGGCUGGGGGGACCCCCACUACGUCACCUUCGACGGGCUCUACUACAGCUACCAGGGCAACUGCACCUAUGUGCUGGUGGAGGAGGUGCGGCCCACGGUGGACAACUUCGGGGUCUACAUAGACAACUACCACUGCGACGUCAACGACCAGGUGUCCUGCCCCCGCACGCUGAUCGUGCGCCACGAGACGCAGGAGGUGCUGAUCAAGACCGUGCAGAUGGCGCCCAUGAGGGUGCAGGUGCAGGUCAACAAGCAGGCGGUGGCCCUGCCCUACAAGAAGUACGGGCUGCAGGUGUACGAGUCAGGCAUCAACUACGUGGUCAGCAUCCCCGAGCUGGACGCCCUCAUCUCCUACAACGGCCUCUCCUUCGCCAUCCGGCUGCCCUACCGCCUGUUCGGCAACAACACCAAGGGCCAGUGCGGCACGUGCACCAACAACACGGCGGACGACUGCGUGCUGCCCAGCGGCGAGGUCGUCUCGGACUGCGAGGUGGCCGCCGACCAGUGGGUGGUGAACGACCCGUCCAAGCCGCACUGUCCCCACACCAGCUUCACCACCAGGCGCCCGGCCACCACGCCCCCCGGGGGCAGCACCGGCCCCAACAAGAACUGCUCCUCUCCUCUCUGCGAGCUCAUCAAGGACAGCCUCUUUGCCCAGUGCCACCCCCUGGCGCCCCCCCAGCACUACUACGAGGCCUGCGUGUUCGACACCUGCAGCGUGCCCAACUCGGGCCUGGAGUGCGCCAGCCUGCAGACCUACGCGGCCCUCUGUGCCCACGAGGGCGUCUGCAUCGACUGGAGGAACCACACCCACGGGGCCUGCCCGGUGACGUGCCCAGCUCACAGGGAGUACCGGGCCUGCGGUCCCGCGGAGGAGCCCACCUGCAAGUCCAGUGCCUCACGCCUGCCCACCCCCAGCACCCCGCAGAACAGCACGCUGCUGGUGGAAGGCUGCUUCUGCCCCGAGGGCACCAUGAACUACGCCCCCGGCUUUGACGUCUGCGUGGAAGUGUGUGGCUGCGUGGGGCCUGACAACGUGCCCAGAGAGUUUGGGGAGCACUUUGAGUUCGACUGCAAGGACUGCGUCUGCCUGGAGGGCGGGAGUGGCAUCGUCUGCCAGCCCAAGAAGUGCAGCCAGGAGCCGCCCGCGCAGUGCAAGGAGGACGGCACGUACCUGGUCACGGAGGUCAACCCCGCGGACACCUGCUGCAACAUCACCUUCUGCAAGUGCAACACCAGCCUGUGCAAGGAGAAGCCCCCACAGUGCCCGCUGGGCUUCGAUGUGAAGAGCGAGAUGAAACCCGGGCGCUGCUGCCCCUUCUACUCCUGCGUGCCCAAGGGCGUCUGUGUUGUUGGGAACGCUGAGUACCAGCCCGGCUCCCCAGUGUACUCCUCCAAGUGCGAGACCUGCGUCUGCACCAACGUCACCGACAGCGCCACGCAGCUCAACAACGUGUCCUGCAGCCACGUGCCCUGCCCCAGCACCUGCAACCCCGGCUUUGGGCUGGUGACCGUCCCGGGCGAGUGCUGCAAGAAGUGCGAGCAGACGGACUGCAUCAUCAACAGGCCGGGCGGCCAGAACCUCAUCCUGAAGCCCGGGGACAUGAAGAGCGACCCCGAGAACAACUGCACCUUCUUCAGCUGCGUGAAGAUCCACAACCAGCUCAUCUCGUCCGUCUCCAACAUCACCUGCCCCGACUUCGACCCCAGCGCCUGCCUCCCGGGCUCCAUCACGCUCAUGCCCAACGGCUGCUGCAAGAAGUGCAUCCCUCGCAACGAGACCAAGGUCCCCUGCUCCACCAUCUCCGAGACCAAGGAGAUCUCGGAAGGCGGCUGCACCAAGAAGAUCCUCAUGAACUACUGCUCCGGGUCCUGCGGCACCUUCGCCAUGUACUCGGCCGAGGCGCAGGCGCUGGACCACAAGUGCUCCUGCUGCAAGGAGGAGCGCACCAGCCGGCGGACGGUGGAGCUGCUCUGCCCCGACGGCUCCUCGCGCAGCCACACCUACACCCACAUCGAGAGCUGCCUGUGCCAGGACACGCUGUGCGAGCUGCCGCCCCAGCGCAGGGGCCCUGGCCGCGCCCGCCGCUCCGGGGCCCUGGGCCUGUCUCCCAGCCGGGGCUGAGCGGGGUGCCCCCCGACCCCCUCAGCACCGUCUGCACCGCACCCUCCGACCUGCGACCCUCUGAUCCCCGCCCCCCAUCCCGCCCGACUGCCUUGUCUGUACGGGUAUUUAUUUCCCAGCCUUUGUCCAAUGCUCCGCUUUCUGAAAUAAACUUGCUGUAGAGA